AUGAGCUUUUCGGCACCGCUGCAGUGCUGCAAGGAGGGAGGCGGUGGCGGCAGGGACAAGCGGGCGCCGCGGGGGGACAAUUGUCUGGGAGGUGCCGGAGGCGGGGGGGACAGCGGGGUGGCACAGGGCUUUCCGGCUGGGCAGCGUCCCAGGCGGGCGCCGUGCCAGGGCUGUGGAGGCACAGAGCCCGCCGGGGCUGUCGCCACACUCCCGCUGCCACCCUGCCAUGCCAAGGGGGUCCCGGGUGGCAUUGUCCCCCUUGGAGGGACACCCGGCUGCUGGGCGGUACCAGCUCCAGCUGUGGAAAUGCCUGUUGGGAUGGGAUGGGAUGGGGAUGGGUCCCGGCUCGUUUCCCAGGGGAAAUGCCCUCCCAGGAGCGGGGCAGGAGCUGGCAGGCUUUGGCAUGUGAGCGCCCGCCUGGCCCGGCGUGACCCCGGCCCACCCGGCGCUGCGCUGGCACCGAGAGGGUCUGGGCUCCGCUGCCAGGGCUUGUGCCCACCCGGGGCAAAGCCCACACCAGGUGACACCCCCCUCACUUGCCACCAGCGACGUGCUGGGCUGCGGGGACAGCCGUGGAGCCGCCGAGGACGUGGGCUGAGCAGCAGGACACGAGGAGGAAGAGGAGGAGUGGGUGUCUCGGGGCCAGCACCGUGGCUGUGCGUCCCCAUCACCGUUCACAAACACCGCCAUCCUCGGGCCGGCGCAGUCUACGAGGUCCUGGUGGCUUUUUGGAGCCCGAGCCCUGCCAGCAGCACCGCGGGGAGGAGGAAGAGCCGGGAAAGACGUGCCGGGUGAUGGAUGGCCCCAGCCCCGCGCGGCGGCCUCGGGGGAGCGGGACCGGGCGGCUCGGGGACCUCGGGGACCUGGC